AAAAAACCCCUUCAUUCAUAAAAGCGGCGGCGGCGGCGGCCGGGGCUGCGGCGGGGGCGGCUCGGGCGCUGCGGAGCUGCUGCCCCGCGGCUCUGCGGGAAACAGUGCCGGAGGCGCAGGAAUAUUCUGUUGUUUCUGGAUUAUGGUGCUGAAGGACUUUCCAGCAAGCAUAGCGAGACUGACGCCGAGAGCUGCCGGCGCUGUUCAGUAUUUUUCUUAAAAUACUGGGUUUGUGCCUGACCGCGGGGCAGGAGCGUUGCAGCGCAGGGAUGCUCUGCGUCUUUGGGGCGGCCGACGAUGGAAAUGCAGAGAGCUGGGCACCUUACGGGGUUCAUGCCGGUCUGAAAAUGUGUUUGAGCUUGUAGCUCUCUUGCUCUGCUUUGUGUGGAAUAUGCUUGAGCUUUCGCUGCAGACAGGACUCCGCAAUUAACGGUGCUGCAACUGUGAGUCUCCAGAGCUAGGUGGGAUUUAGUGCCUGGCUUGAGGUGGCAGUGAAGGCAGGUUUGGGUAGCGGCUCUUCAGCUUAAGCUGCUGUGCCGCUGGUGUGCUUUCCUGUAUGCCGCUUUUAUUACUGCUUACAAAAUACCAGAUGUCCAUGCCAUUUUAAGCGUCGUCUGUUGAGGAAAAUAAACCACUUGAGAGGGAGUCGGCAAGAAUAUCCCAUAGGUUUCUGUUUUUAAAAUGGUUUGACUUGUUUGAUUUCCAUGUAAUUUAUCUACAAAAGCCAAUUUAUGCAAGAGUAUCCAGUUACAGAACUGCCAAGGCUAUGAGAGAACGCAGCAGCCAGCAGAGCCUUGGUGGACACGUCCUGUAUGUAGGGUUAUUCAGACAUCCAGGAAUGCUGCACAGGGCUAAGUACAGCCGAUUCAGAAAUGAUUCGAUAACAUCCCUAGAUGAAGGUACGCAAAAUACAUCUUUAAAUAUCAAAGGUUCUUCCUCCUCUUCCCAUUCUUCAACGCCUAAUUUACUGACGGAAGAUGUCUCCUUGGGGCCCCAGGACACCUGCACCACCCUGUGCACGCUGAUCCCCCGGAUGGCUAACAUUAAACUUGCCAACCCGUCAAAUCUGCCGGGCCUGAAAAGCUUCUGUCUGGGAAUGAAGGAGGUGCCGCGAAUUAAACUCACGGAGUGUGUUACCAUCCCGAGCAGCCCAACCUCGCCUGAAAUCAGCUGCCUCUCGGCCUCUUAUCCACAGCCUGACCUGGACAAGCUGGCCCUAACCCCAAAGCCGGCAGGUGACUGCGCUGUGUGGGGAGCUGAGGAGGCCGCCUCUGCGGGCAGGCAGGACAGGAGCCUCGCGCAGAGCGGUGAAAGCGGGGAGCCAGGAACGACCUAUGGCGUGCGGUACAUGGGCUGUAUUGAAGUGCUGCAGUCAAUGAGGUCCCUGGACUUUGGCACACGAACGCAAGUCACCAGGGAAGCAAUAAGCCGACUGUGUGAAGCUGUAUCAGGUACAAAUGGAGCUAUAAAAAAGCGGAAGCCUCCAGUGAAGUUUCUGUCUUCUGUACUUGGCAAAAGUAACCUUCAGUUUUCUGGUGUGAAUAUAAAACUGACCAUUUCAACAAGCAGCCUCACUUUGAUUAAUGUUGAGACGCAGCAGAUUAUUGCCAACCAUCACAUGCAGUCCAUCUCAUUUGCUUCUGGAGGUGACCCAGAUACAACAGACUAUGUCGCAUAUGUAGCAAAAGAUCCUGUUAAUCAGAGAGCAUGCCACAUACUGGAAUGUCCCAAUGGGAUGGCGCAGGAGGUGAUAAACACCAUAGGGCAGGCUUUUGAGCUUCGGUUCAAACAGUACCUGAAGAACCCAUCUGGCCUGGUUACGUCUAAUGAAAGCGAGGCAGCAAAUGCUAAUGGAUCAGCUGGGAAUUCACAGGAGAGGGAGGAUCAUGAAUAUUACAAUGAAAUUCCAGGGAAAGAGCCUCCCACUGGUGGAGUGUUAGACAUGCGAAUGAAAGUGCAAACAGACCAAAGGGCUAACUGUCUUAUACAGUGCAAAAAGCAGUAUUGCUUGACAGGCAGCCCAACAUUCAUCAAUAUAUAUGAAAAUUGUCCAGAAGAAAACAAAACUGUGGGUAAUUGUGGUGAAAGAUCACAGAAGACAAAAAAAGAGGCAACAUUAUUGAAGCCUGCCUACAAAACAGAUCUUUUUGAUGAUCCGUGUUACAUCAACACACAGACCGUGCAGUCUGCAGUCUGUACAGCCCGUGGUACAGCAACAGCACAGAUCCAUGGGACCCUUCUGCGUCAGGCCAAGUUACCGGAAACUGUUCAGCAGAGUGCCACAAGCAACACAGCUGGUCUCUGUGUUCUGCCACAAAUAAAGCAACAGCUAAAGAAUGAAGAUUGUUACCAUGGCAAAUUAAACAGGAAAGCAGCAGAGAGCCUCUUAGUCAACGAUGGGGAUUUUCUGGUGCGAGAGAGCACAACGUCACCUGGUCAGUAUGUCCUCAGUGGACUUCAGGGAGGGCAAGCAAAGCAUCUGCUCUUGGUGGAUCCUGAGGGCAAGGUGAGAACCAAAGACCGUAUAUUUGAUAGUGUGGGUCAUCUUAUUCAGUAUCACAUGGAAAAUAAUUUGCCAAUCAUCUCUUCUGGAAGUGAAGUGAGCUUGAAGCAGCCUGUAAGGAAGGAGAGUAAUGUUGGACACAUGCAGUAUCACAAAUAAUCCCUUGGAUCUCACAAAUCCCAAGACAAUUUAUAUCUGAAAACUGUACUGAGAACUGUCUAUUAUGAAGGCAAUUCAAAAAAGUAUAGACUGCACUUUCUGCUGCUGUUCCAGAAGAUACCCUUUUGUGUGUGUACGUAUGAAUAUAUGUAUAUGUGUAUAUCUAUGUAGAUCUAUAGAGAUCAACAAGCAUAGUUACAUAGAUAUAUAUAAUCUUAAUCUUAACAAAAUUACACCUUCAGAGUGUGAGAUUCAUUUGUGAGGCAGUAUUUUAGACAUGCACAAAUGUCACUUUCAAGGUCAUACUGAAUCAGUAACUAUUUAAAAGCACAAUUAAACCUUUACAUGCAAAAGCUCACUUGAAUGAACUGCUGGAACAUUAGUAUGUGCCUUUUAGCAUAGAAUUAUUGGAAACUAAUAUUGUUUAUACUGAAUUCGUUUUGGGUGGUUAAACAAACAUGUCUAAGCUUUUAACUAUUUGCCAAAACAAAUAGAAUUUGAAUAUUACUAAAAUGUCAUCUGCUUUCGAUAGACACUAACAAUUUUGUUUUGCUUGUAACAGCACUUUACUAGCAAGUAAUGUUUGAAAUGAAUAGCAUUCACAAUACAGAAAGGUGGUCCAGUUUCUUAGUAAUUUUUUAUCACUGUCUGACUACUCAAAGAUUUGAGAUUAUGCAACAUUUACAAAGUUGAAAUUAAUAUAUGUAAUAUAAUUUUGGAAUAGAACUUGUUAAAGGACAAGCAUGCUAGAUCCUAAUAUUUUUGUCUUGCAUAUGAUUUUACUAUUAUUACCAAUUAUUACUGGAGACAUCUCUUUUUAAAGGUAGGCUAAAUAUAUUUUCAUCGAUUACAUAGUUGUUUACAAACUAGAGAAGCUGAACAAAACUAAUGAUACAUUUUGAGAGAAGACUAUUUAAAAGACUUUGAACUUUGCAUGUGCCCUUAUUCAGUGUUCUUUCCAAAACAAGAUACGGUUUUCCCUUUCUUCACGUAGAGUCCAUUUGUUCCUUAACAUGGAAAAAAGUCUUUUAAAGGAAACCUAUGAAUUGUUUUGCCACAAUAAAUACUCUAAAUAUGAACAAUCCUA